AUGGAGGGAGGAAUAGGAAGUAAAUAUGACAAUGUGGAGGGAGGAGUAGGAAAUGAAAAUGACAAUGUGGAGGGAAAUGAAGAUGACAAUGUGGAAGGAGGGAUAGGAAAGAAAGAUGAUAAUGUGGAUGGAAAGGAACAUGACAAUGUGGAUGAAGGCAAUGAUUCAUUAAGUGAAGGUGAUGAGGAAUAUGUUGAAAGUGAAGGUGAGAAUGAUUCGUCAAGUGAAGGUGAGGAUGAUUAUGUUACAAGUAAGGAUGACACAGAUUCAAUCAAUGUGGAUUGGACCUUAGUGAUACAAGGUAGUGAAGAUGUGUGUCAAGUUGCUAAGAAAGAAUGUGAUUAUGACUCUGAUCAGCUACAUACUUCUCCUGAUAACGGGGAUGAUGAAAAAAAAAUUGAAAAAUUCCCAUCUUUUAGAAGUGGUGAAGGAUUACAAUUUCAACUGGAUAUCCUUUUUAACAACAAAGAAUUAGUGAGAGAGGCUGUAAAGGAUUAUUUAAUGGAUAUGAAGAAAAAUCAAGUUGUUAGUCUUAUAGAUGAACAUAGGUGUUGUAGAACACCUAAGAAUAGGCAAGCAAAACCAGGUUGGCUAGCUAAGAGGUUUACAAAUAUUUUAAGAUAUAACCCUAAUAUGAAACCUGUGGGUUUGAUUGAUGAGUCAUUUGAUAGAUGGGGAGUGAAAUUAUCCCAUGAUCAAGCAUAUAGAGCCAAAAGAAGGGCAAUGGAUAUGAUUCAAGGAGCUGGAAUUGAUCAAUUUUCACAUUUGAGAAGUUAUGCUGAAGAGCUGCUUAAAUCAAACCCAAAUAGUACAAUUCUGGUGCAAUGUGUUGACUCUAAGGAAUGA